AGCUUGGUAAGGUAUGGAUAGACAGGUCCUUGAUUGUAACCUCGCCAAACAAACACUCCCAAAGGCGAUGCACGUGUCAGCGCAAAAUAAUCAUCAUCAGAUUGCGCCAACCUACAAGCCUAGCGGAGUAGAUCAGACCAUAUUGACCAACGAUCAACGACCACACAAAAGCACCACUGUACCGUAGGUUGAGGGGCAUUGAGACCAUUCAGCACCAGGCUUUCUGUCACGUGUUUUUCUCGAGACGAUAACCACCAAACAUUCAUGUCGACUGUGUUGAGGUGCAGGGUAACCCAUUUUUUAUUCACAGGAUUGAACUGACCAAAAAUGGCCCAAUGGCUCCUUGAAUUUACUGAACAAUCAGUUCGUUCGUAGCUGCCUAAUUCUCGCGUUCAAUGAACAGUGAUCAAUCAAAACAGUGAAAUGGGUUGGCCGUUUGGGCUUUAAUUGGUUGUACAACAGGCCAUCUAUUCAGUUCAUUCUGCCCAACGACACAACCCGUCGAUACAAACAAACAAAGGCCAUGCUUGAUUUGAGUGAAUCUUUGCGCCCCUCUUCUUGCAUCUGUUGAAAUUUCACUCAUCGAUCGACCCCAACACCAAAAGAAACAUCUCCGCCCACCAGUCUGCUUCGUCUCACAUUGACAACCCCUCCAUGGUCACUUUAAUACGCCCAAUAUCCACUCGCAGGUCCAAACAACUCGAGACACAACUGCAUAAACCUGAACAACAGUCACGGCAGUAACAAAUAUUCACAAAAAAAAACGACAAAAACAACCCAGGUCCAAGAAAGAAAUGACAGCCGCUCUCGUUCUCGAGAACGCUCAAUGGAGUCCACCCGGCCCCGACGGACGCAUGAUGGUCGGCUGGCUAGACGUGGCGACAUCGCAGACCCGGUGCGCUCUCUUCGAGCCAACAUCAGCGUCGCCCGCCGAGGUUGAACCUAUAAUCGGCAAGGCGCAGCAGAGGCUCCCGUGUCUGGGCGGCCUAUGCCGAUCCGAGGAGGCACAAACCUUCCGCCUGGCCGGCAUCUCCCGCCUAGGCUCGGAGAUUGGUCUGCUGUAUAACUGCACCCAGCAACCCGUCACGCUACGCGACUACAUCACCACUCGGCCCAAGCCCGACAGGAGGGACAGGCUACGGCUCGCCCUGGCCAUCGCCACCAAGGUCCGCUCGCUAGAGGUCCACUUUGACCUGAGGCAUCCGGACCUCAGGGCCGACAGCUUUGUCUUUAUCCGGGAUGUCUUUAGACCGGCGGCGACCAAUGGCGGCGACAUGAGCAACAGUAACAACGGCAACAACAGGGCCACCAUCAACGGCACCGACGGCAGGGACGUGGACCUCAGCCGGCCCUUCAUCCUAGAUUGGUCCCGCCGCCCUACGCAGCAGAGCAUAUACCAGCACCCGCGGUUCCGACCUCCCGGCGAGCGCCCGAACCGCGAAUGGACCUACCAGGUCUUUGCGCUUCUCAUGAUCCUGAGUGAGAUAGCGGCCUGGGACUCGCUCGCCACGCGCUUCUCCAGCUCGACGACGCCCGCGGCGCUGCAGGCGGCUAAGGAGGAGCGCUUCCAUCUGUUAAAAACAGGCGCGUGGCAGGUGUUUCCCUGGGCCUGCACGCAGCUGGAGCAAAACAUGGAAAAGCUGGAGCAGUACGACAGGUGGCACGUCAAGCGGUUUUACGACAUGUUGUGCGACAAGCUGCAGACGCAGGUCGCCGACGCCGGGCUGGGAGAGAGCGUCAUGAACAUGGCGUGAAGGGGUUUAUUCCCGUGGAGGGAAGGUGGAAAGUGAUUUGUUAUGCAUGCAAAAGCAUAAACAGCAUGCAGAGGAGAAAAAAACUGUUGCAACGAUCAAUUUGGUUUCCCCCUCUUUUUGCUGAACAAAAAGAUCUUUUUGGCCGGCGAGGCUGUUCACUAUUGUUCACUAGCCUUACUGGAGAUUAGGAAGUUGGACCCCGAUCGUCUGUUUUUUUGUUGCAUUGAUGAUUGGAUCAUCGCGGCGUUCACGCGCCGCGGUUAGUUGUGGCUUGGGCCGUCCUCCACUGGCGUAGGUGCCUGGAUCUGCAGUGUGCACUGCGCCCCUGCAUACGGCCAGGGUUUGUGCGUGCCGCGCCUAGAUUCUGACGACAUGAAAACACUCUGGGUUUGUUUAUGUCCAACAGUCUGACCGAUGAACCGGUACCAGUAGGCGACAACAUCAUGUCUUGUUGUUGCGCGGCAUCUCAAACAAAGCAGGGCAUUGAUUGAUUGAUUGGGUUGGAAUCAAUUUGGAACACUGCAUGCCAGCAAGCCACUAGACUAAGUGGCGGUUAGCACGAUACUCCCUAUUUCAGAAACAAAAACACAAAAACGAUGCGGUGCACAUGUGAGGAUGUCGGUUGUCAAUUUGUCCAAGGGAGAUUUUGGCAGACAGGCAGCUGGCAGGCAGGCAGGUUGGCAAGCCUGGGCACCAAGACUGUCCGCAGAUUAAUAUCCGUAGAAAAUUAUCACCUAGUUCUAGCGUCAAUCAACAUCAGCUGCAUCAGCUAAGUACGGAGUAAACAAGGACUAUGC